UAUUACUAGGAUACUGUCUUUUCAGUUUCAAUUAUAAUUUUUAAUUAUAACAAUUAUUGAUAACAACAGAUCCCUGCAUUACUGGCAAUAGGUUACGAGUUUAUUAAAUUGUGGCCAGAUGGCGAUGCAAGUAGAAAUAAUUUUUUUUCUAUACUUUCGUUUCUGUACCAUUCGAUAGAGAUAUAAUUCGUUUAAAUUUGAAAACCGUUAGUGUAAACUUGUCUUCGUUGUCUCUAUCUUAAUUAUACAACGUAAUGUCACGAGUCAAAGGAGAUAUAGCAAUUAAAAAAAAUUCUUAUAAAAAGACGAACGGUACAAGUCAUGCACUCGUAAAGUUAAUGAUUUUUGAUUUAUGGUUUCUUUAUAAGGUUAGACAAAUUUGUCGACUUAGUUAUCAAGUAUCACGUCCAAUAUUACGAACUAUUUAUUUCAUGGCGAUUGGAGCAGGUAUAUUAUUCAUAUAUACAUUGCUUAAUGGCAAUAUCAAUUCGACUACUUGCGAAAAAUACAAUAAACAUAAAGAAUCGAGGGAAUCAAAUGUCGAAAUUCUUGCAAUUUCUGAUCGUUCAAAAGCCGAUACGAUGUUAUUGAAAGAAGAAAUAUCAAAGUUAAAAAUGAAGACUUUUAAUCUCGACAUGAUGAUGCGAAAAAUGAAUGCAGAAUUAAGCAACAUUCAUUCGCCCUUGAAAAAAACAUAUUUAGAAAUGGCUGAUUUUGUAUCGGAAUCAGUCGGUGGUUCAGUGAUAUCAACGCCAGAUACAGAAUCAUAUUUUGAAUCGAAGAGUACUCAAUUUUAUUUCUUUGGCAUUCCAAUUUGGCGGCCGAAUUAUUUCACGCCUCGGAAAGUAAUACAGCCUUGGAGUCAAGCAGGAGAAUGUUGGGCUUUUCGUGGUUCCCAUGGAAAAAUUGUAUUAGAGUUGGCUAUUUUUGCUACCAUCAGCCAUGUGACUAUGGAACAUAUACCAGUUAGUAUGUCCUUAACGGGGAAAAUUGAUUCGGCGCCAAAAAAAUUCAUUGUCUUUGGUUAUUUCAGAGAUCAAUAUAUACCGAUAGAUACAUUCGAAUACAAUAUUCAAGGAGCACCAACGCAAACAUUUCUUAUUACCAAACGUGAAUUAUCAAAUAUUCCUUUUAAAACUAUCAUGCUAGAAAUAUUAUCAAAUUGGGGUAAUGAAAAAUACACAUGUAUAUAUCGAUUUAGGAUACAUGGCAAGUCUUAUGAAUAAAAUUACAAGAAAUUUAAGCUUAGAAAAAGAUAGAUAAUAUAAUACUAUAUUAUUAUUAUUAUGAUAAAAAAAAAUUAAUUUUUCUUAAAAAAAAAAAAAAAAAAUUUCCUUACCAUUUUUAAUAAAAUUU